AUGGGUCGCGAGUCAGCUGUUGGAAUGUUUGUGGCUGGUUGUAAGAUUACGAAAGAGAACGGUGGUACUCAAUUCAUCCCGAAGAGUCAUCUAUGGGGCACCGAUCGGAAGACGCCUCCUCGUGUGGAGGAAUGCACCUUUGCCGAGAUGGAGAAAGGAGAUACAUUCUUCAUGCUAGCCUCUGCGUUCCACGGAGGAGGCUCAAACAUCACGACGGACGAGCAUCGCCUACUCUUCUCGACCUUUGUUGUACGCGGAUUCCUCCGCCAGGAGGAGAAUCAAUUCCUGGCUGUGCCGAGAGACGUCGCUCGCAGCUAUGACCGCGACAUUCAAGAAUUCAUGGGAUAUUGUAUGAGUGAUCCGGCUUGUGGCUAUGUGGAGCAGAUGGACCCGAUCUAUCACCUGUGCCCAGAGCUCAACACGGACUCUCGCCCUAAGGAUUUCUAG